AUGGCAUCCACAUCGAAGAGCCCGUCGAUUUAUAGCCUUAGCCAAGUCAGCAAACAUGCCACGCCCACAGACCUCUGGGUCAUCAUAUACAAUAACGUGUAUGACAUUUCGGACUUUGUCAAAGACCAUCCAGGCGGAGCUGAAGUGCUCUUUGAUUGCGGUGGAGUCGAUGCGACGGAAGCAUUUGAAGAUGUCGGCCACUCACAAGAUGCCGUUGAUAUGCUUGUGCCCUAUUACGUCGGGAAACUAGCGCCAAAUGAGUGCAAGGUGUACCGACAACAGGAAGAGAAGAUUGCUACGACGAAAAUAAAAGCGGCGCCAAGGCUGCGCAAGAAGCCUGAUCCAGCAGGAUACCGUGCCUUAGCUGUUGUGUGGAUGACUUUGAUUCUGAUGACAGUAUUGGUCGUCCUCGGCUUGCAGAAGAUGCACUGGAUCAAUAUCACCAGCAAGUAG